CCACCAUUCGGUUUUCAUCGCUGACGUCGCUUGCGUUGUGUGUCAUGCGAAGUGUUUUGUUGUUGCUGUAGCCGCAGCUCGUGGAGUAAAUGAGAUUUUCUGUACACUUUUAGUAGCUAAAAACAACUUGAAUCAGAGAGCCGGUAGUGCGAAAGUCAAGUAGUAAAAAUUUCCAUUGAUGUUACUCAACAUCUUCGUACGGGUCAAUCACAGUGCCAGAAGCUGCCAACCGAUCUCCCGAAGGCUUUAUCAAGCUUACACCGCCAAACAACAGCAACAACAACGAAGCCAAAUAUUUACCCUCCCACACAAAGCAUUUUCCCGAUUAAGCAACAUGGUUAGGCAAGGUCCACGACCACUGGUAAUUUGUGGCCCAUCCGGCUCCGGCAAGAGUACCUUACUUAAGAAACUGUUUAAAGAAUUCCCGGACACAUUCGGUUUCAGUGUGUCACAUACAACUAGGAAACCACGCCCCGGAGAAGAAGAUGGAAUCCAUUAUCAUUUCGUUUCGGUGGAAGAAAUGCAAGCUGCGAUCGAGAACGGCGAAUUUAUCGAGACUGCCGUUUUUAGUGGAAACAUGUACGGAACCAGCAAAAAAGCUGUGGAAAAUGUUCAGCACCAAGGAAAGGUAUGCGUGUUGGAUAUAGAAAUUGAAGGUGUAAAACAGGUGCGCAAUUCGGAGCGACUGAAUCCUCUGUUGGUGUUUAUUAAUCCACCAUCGGUGGCUGAGCUUGAGCGUAGGCUGCGAGGCAGGCAAACCGAAACCGAGGAGAGUUUACAAAAACGUCUGAAUACCGCAAGAAUAGAAUUGGAAUAUGGCUCCAUUCCCGGUAACUUUCACAUAGUAGUUCACAACAACAACCUGAAACAGGCCUACACUGAACUGCGGGAUUUCAUUGUACGCGAGCUAGAAACUCAACAAAAUCAAGGUAUCAACGUUUGUUUGACUCGUGUUCCCUUGAAUGAUAAUUAAUUGAGGUGUCAACCUGACCGCGUGUUUUGAGUGCAUUUGAUAUCCCUCUGUCGACUGUGUCGAGACAAAAAAGCGACCAUGCUUUAUUUUAUCGGCCGAGAUUUUUCCCUGCUCGCAGAUCUAUCCGUUUUACCAAUUAAACUCUAACCAUUAACAUGUUUUCAACAUUCAACUCAGACACAUUCUAUGUAUCGGUAUUAUUAUUACGCAACAUUCCAGCCUUCGAAAACAAAGUUUCAUAAACUUAGAGUAGACAGACGGGUGCAAAGACAAACUUGUGCGUUUUUUUUUGUUAAUUGUAGGGUGCUUAGAACUUAAUGUUACAGCCGGUGUUAGGCAAUUGUCUCACAAAUAUCAUUGCAAACCAUUUGAAUAUGACGCAAUACAACAUUAGACUGUACCUUGAUCUGGUACAGGUUAACUUUUUUUAGAAAAAAAAUCAAAGUGUUAGAAUUCACACCUGUUAUGUAUAAAAUCCAUCGAAUUUAUUAGUCGUGACAAGCGAUUUUUCGUUGUAAACAAAUAAGCAAUAAAGUGAUUUAGUCAUUAAUCACUUAGUCAAAAUAUACAUUCCUAGUAAUAGAAUUAUUCGGUAUAACUUUUCUCAGUAAACAAUACUCUAUCUACAAAUUGUCACACUUUUCAUGUUGCUGACAUUAUUUGAUUUUUUUAUGUUUUGUUAAUUUUUUCUCAACUAAUUUAAAAACUAAAAUAUCUAUAGCAUUAUGUAGGCAGAGUUAGUGCAUAAUGAAUUUACUCUUUUUCACUAACUGUGUUUGCCUGGUGUUCAAAUGAAUAACACAACUAGAAACAUUUUCCAGCUUAAAAGGUAAAUAUUAAUUUGCUCUAAUGAUAGUGUGCUAACCAAUAAUUGAUUGCUUGGUUGUAUCCUGCGGUUGAGAACAAGAGUUCAGUGUUCGAGUUAUGAAUUCGGCGUUUUUAUUGCUCUGCAAUUAGCUAUAAUGUUAACCCUUUUCGUUUUCUCUUUCUUUUUCUUUUCUUCGAUUACAAUUUGUAUCCUUUGCGCGUUGCACGAACAACAGAAAAAUUGUUCAUACCGUCUAUAGUUACAGAAUAUAAAAGAUGCGAUUCCUAAGUAAGCUUUUAGCCAGCAACCGUAAAUUGUGUACUAAAACUGCUUUUUAAGGAUAAGUUCAGCACACAUACUCUAUUCAAAGCAUAAGUUCACGCCAAAUCAUAAAUCUUUUGUAACACAACAUGCACCAAAAAUAAAAAUAUGCCACUAAAAGGAAUCUAAUCCCACUGAAAUAAAAAACUGCUAAACAAAACUUUUUAGUACGUAGGUGUUAGGUGAGAAGGAAGCAGAAUCCGUGUGUCCGAAUUGGAGGGAAGUUGUUUAGUGACCGAGAGAAGAUUCGUGUGUUUAGGCAAUAGUUUUAAGGUCAUCUAUUUUACCAUCUAUCAUGGAUUGAUGCAACAGCAUCAGAGGUACCAGAACCACUUGAAACAACAGCCCGGUGUAAUAGAUGAUGGUGCUAGUAUUACGAAACCAGCUUCGAGGUCAGAUCAGAUAAGGCCGGAAAAAACAACAGAAUAUCUGAUCACAAGCCUCUGUAUUUACCUAUUAUUUUUGUCUUUUCGAAAAAAAAAGUUUUUUACUGCUGUACUUUUUAACUACACCGAUGAAAUGAACUGAAGAAUUCCAUGUUGAAUUACUAAUUCUAUUGUAUGUAAUUGGGGUGUAUGUAAACUAUAGAAUAGUCCAGUAAACCAUAGGCGAAUAUUAUUAUUCACCAACGCAUCAAUAAAUAAUUACAUAUGCUUUUAAAUGUCGGAAACUUGA